AGUUGCACACGUACUACAUUGUACUAUGUAGGCCUAUGUCGUGUCAUGUCAUGAUCAUGAUGUAGAGUUCAAGUUGGAAAUUGUAUGAGAAAACCCUUCAAAUUGACGGAUAUUCUGGAAUUUACGGAUAUUCAGCAGGAAGUUAGAGAUGCCAUGAUCCCACUAGUGGUUUAAGCUGUAUUGCCUCCUUGAAAGCCUGCAUCAGCUACAAUGAGUACCACCAAGAAAAUGAACAAGAAAGAGGUUCAACCAGAGGUCAAACAAAGGAGAAGCAACCGACAAAGACAUCAGAGGGUCAACUAUAAUGAGAAGGCAUUUGCAUUUGAGAUUUGUGACAGACAAUCCUCGCAGAAACUUGGUCAACUUCAGCAACACAGGAGAGUCCAAACUAUCAAUGAGAGACCAUUUGUUUGUGACAGUAGCAACCUACGAAAACAUGAGAUGGUCCGUACCAAUAAGAGACACUUUGUUUGUGACAUUUGUUUUAAGGGCUUCUCACAGAAAGGUACCCUUCAAAGACAUCAGAUGGUCCACACUAAUCAGAAACCUUUUGUUUGUGAGAUAUGUGGCAAAUGCUUCUCAAGGAAAGGUCAUCUUCAAGAACAUAAGCUGGUCCACACUAAAGAGAAACCAUUUGUUUGUGACAUUUGUGGAAAAUGCUUCUCACUGAAAUGCAACCUUCACCGACAUCAGAGAGUCCACACUAAUGAUAAACCAUUUGCUUGUGACAUUUGUGGCAAGGGCUUUGCAGCAAGUAGCAGCGUACGAACACAUCUGAAGACCCACACUGAUGAGAAACCAUUUGCUUGUGACAUUUGUGGGAAAUGCUGCUCUCAGAAGGGUAAUCUUCAACAACAUUAUAGGGUCCACACUGAAGAGAAACCAUUUGUUUGUGACAUGUGUGGCAAGCGCUUCUCAAGUUCCAGUGUGCGACGAAGGCAUCAGAUGGUCCACGAAAUGGAGAAACCAUACGUGUGUGACAUUUGUGGAAAAGGUUUCUCAAGGAAGGAUUGCCUUCACCAACAUCAGAGGGUCCACACUAAUGAGAAACCAUUUGCUUGUGACAUUUGUGGCAAAUGCUUCUCUUCCGGUAACAAACUUGGAGGACAUAAGAUGGUCCACAAUAAUAACAAACCAUUUGCUUGUGAUUUGUGUGGGAAAUGCUUUUUACGAAAGGGUAGCCUUCAACAGCAUCUGAGGGUCCACACUAAUGAUAAACCAUUUUUUUGUGAUAUUUGUGGCAAAGGCUUUGCAGCAAGUAGCAACAUGCGAACACAUCUGAAGCUCCACACGGGUGAGAAACCAUUUGCUUGUGACAUUUGUGGGAAAGUCUUCUUAUAUAAAUGUAAUCUUCAAACACAUCUGAGGGUCCACACUAAAAACGAGAGACCAUUUGUUUGUGACAUUUGUUUUAAGGGCUUCUCAAAGAAAUGUGACCUUCAGAGACAUCAGAUGGUCCACACUAAUGAGAAACCUUUUGUUUGUGAGAUAUGUGGCAAAUACUUCUCACGGAAGGGUAAUCUUCAAGAACAUUAUACGGUCCACACUAAUGAGAAACCAUUUCUUUGUGAGAUAUGUGGCAAAUGCUUCUCACGGAAAAGUCAUCUUCAAGAACAUUAUAGGGUCCACACUAAAGAGAAACUAUUUGCUUGUGACAUGUGUGGCAAGGGCUUCUCAAGGUCCAGUGUGCGACGAAGGCAUCAGAUGGUCCACAAAAUGGAGAAACCAAAUGUUUGUGACAUUUGUGGAAAAGGUUUCUCAAGGAAAGAUCACCUUCGCCGACAUCAGAGCGUCCACACUAAUGAGAAACCAUUUGUUUGUGACAUUUGUGGCAAGGGCUUCUCAAGUUCCAGUGUGCGACGAAGUCAUCAGAUGGUCCACAAAAUGGAGAAACCAAAUGUUUGUGACAUUUGUGGAAAAGGUUUCUCAAGGAAAGAUUGCCUUCACCAACAUCAGAGGGUCCACACUAAUGAGAAACCAUUUGCUUGCGACAUUUGUGGCAAAGGCUUUUCACAAAAUUCCGACCUGCGAAGGCAUAAGAAGGUCCACACCGGUGAGAGACCAUACGUUUGUGAUAUUUGUGGCACAGCUUUUUCCCAUAAAUACCACCUACAAAUCCAUCAGAGGGUUCACACUAAGGAGAAACCAUUUGCUUGUGACAUUUGUGGCAAAUGCUUCUCUUCCAGUGACCAACUUGGAAGACAUAAGAUGGUCCACAAUAAUAACAAACCAUUUGCUUGUGAUUUGUGUGGGAAAUGCUUUUUACGAAAGGGUAGCUUUCAACAGCAUCGGAGGGUCCACACUAAUGAUAAACCAUUUGUUUGUGACAUUUGUGGCAAGGGCUUCUCAAGUUCCAGUGUGCGACGAAGGCAUCAGAUGGUCCACAACAUGGAGAAACCAAAUGUUUGUGACAUUUGUGGAAAAGUUUUCUCAAGGAAAGAUCUCCUUCGCCGACAUCAGAAGGUCCACACUCAUGAGAAACCAUUUGCUUGUGACAUUUGUGGGAAAGACUUCUCAUAUAAAUGUAAUCUUCAAACACAUCUGAGGGUCCACACUAAAAACGAGAGACCAUUUGUUUGUGACAUUUGUUUUAAGGGCUUCUCAAAGAAAUGUGACCUUCAGAGACAUCAGAUGGUCCACACUAAUGAGAAACCUUUUGUUUGUGAGAUAUGUGGCAAAUACUUCUCACGGAAGGGUAAUCUUCAAGAACAUUAUACGGUCCACACUAAUGAGAAACCAUUUCUUUGUGAGAUAUGUGGCAAAUGCUUCUCACGGAAAAGUCAUCUUCAAGAACAUUAUAGGGUCCACACUAAAGAGAAACUAUUUGCUUGUGACAUGUGUGGCAAGGGCUUCUCAAGGUCCAGUGUGCGACGAAGGCAUCAGAUGGUCCACAAAAUGGAGAAACCAAAUGUUUGUGACAUUUGUGGAAAAGGUUUCUCAAGGAAAGAUCACCUUCGCCGACAUCAGAGCGUCCACACUAAUGAGAAACCAUUUGUUUGUGACAUUUGUGGCAUGGGCUUCUCAAGUUCCAGUGUGCGACGAAGUCAUCAGAUGGUCCACAAAAUGGAGAAACCAAAUGUUUGUGACAUUUGUGGAAAAGGUUUCUCAAGGAAAGAUUGCCUUCACCAACAUCAGAGGGUCCACACUAAUGAGAAACCAUUUGCUUGCGACAUUUGUGGCAAAGGCUUUUCACAAAAUUCCGACCUGCGAAGGCAUAAGAAGGUCCACACCGGUGAGAGACCAUACGUUUGUGAUAUUUGUGGCACAGCUUUUUCCCAUAAAUACCACCUACAAAUCCAUCAGAGGGUUCACACUAAGGAGAAACCAUUUGCUUGUGACAUUUGUGGCAAAUGCUUCUCUUCCAGUGACCAACUUGGAAGACAUAAGAUGGUCCACAAUAAUAACAAACCAUUUGCUUGUGAUUUGUGUGGGAAAUGCUUUUUACGAAAGGGUAGCUUUCAACAGCAUCGGAGGGUCCACACUAAUGAUAAACCAUUUGUUUGUGACAUUUGUGGCAAGGGCUUCUCAAGUUCCAGUGUGCGACGAAGGCAUCAGAUGGUCCACAACAUGGAGAAACCAAAUGUUUGUGACAUUUGUGGAAAAGUUUUCUCAAGGAAAGAUCUCCUUCGCCGACAUCAGAGGGUCCACACUCAUGAGAAACCAUUUGCUUGUGACAUAUGUGGCAAAGGCUUUGCAGCACGUAGCUGCAUGCAAACACAUCUGAAGGUCCACUUUAAUGCGAAACCAUUUGAUUGAGACAUGAUUCUUAUAUAAAUGUCAUCUUCAACAAUGUCGGAGGGUCCACACUAAUGAGAAACCAUUUGCCUGUGAUAAUUUGUGGCAGAGGCUUCUCACGCAGCAGUAGCCUAAGAACACAUCGGAGUCGUCCACGCUACUGAGAAACCAUUUGUUUGUAACAUCUGUGAUAAGGGCAUCUCGGAGAAAGGUCAACUUUAACAACAUGAGAGGGUCCACAUAUGAGAAAUCAUUCGUUUCUAUAUUAGUAAAGAAAAGUAAACAUUCAAGAAAAAUCAUGUACUUCUGAUGUAUGUGACAAAAUAAUGACCUAAAUGGUUGACCAAUAAGGCUGUUUGUAGCAAAAAGUUUUAUUAAGUUUUGGUUCAGUCCUAGUUUCAGUUGUUCCUUUGAUCAUUGUAUUUACAGGUAGAAACUUUUAAAUCUAGAGGUUUGAUUAAACAGUUACUUUUCAUUAUUUUGGUUGGUUA